UAGCCGCGGUUUUACCUGAUCUUUGAUUUGAAAGCAGUGAUUUUCAAGCGUCCUUUUCUAAUCUAGUCGUCACGAACUGACUGGGCUGAAAAUGCUUUCAGUGACGCUGGGCUUUAGUCCGUCGAUCGCUCGGGCAUUCACUGAAUUACUUCCGUAGAGGUCGAGGGGUGUCACCUUGAUAUCUUCUGUAAAGUAAAUAACACAACGAGCAGCGUCAGUCUUUGAUCACGUGACGAUAUGGAGGAUCAAAUAUCACACAAACAAGUUUCUGGCUCUGAUGGAAAAACUUUUAAAUGUAAGCAAUGUGAGAAGGGUUUUCAUCAUGUUGGAAAUCUAAGGAAACAUGAGAGAUUACACACAGGAGAGAGGACUCAUAAAUGCAACCAGUGCGGAAAAGUGUUUAGUCGUGAAGAAACUUUGAAGCAACAUAACAGAACACAUACUGGGGAGAAGCCUUUUAAAUGUAACUAUUGUAGCACGUGCUUCACUCACAUAGGCGCUUUAAAGAUGCAUAAGAAAACACACACAGAAGGGAAGCCUUUUGCAUGCAAACAAUGUGGUAAACGUUUUACUGGGGCACGAAAUCUAAAGGAGCACGCGAGAGUACACAAAAGAAAAAAGACUUAUAAAUGCGACCAGUGUGGAAAGUGGUAUACGCGGCCAGGGAAUCUAAAGCAGCAUAUGAGAACACACACCGGAGAGAGGCCCUUUAAAUGCAAGCAGUGUGAUAAAACCUUUACUCAGGCUGGAGGUCUAAAGGAACACGCAAAAGUACACUCGGGAGAGAAGCCUUUUAAGUGCGACCACUGUGGCAAGUGUUUUAGUCGAGCAGGGAAUUUAAAGCAACACACGAUGAUACACACAGGAGAGAAGCCCUUUAAAUGCAACAAGUGUGAAAAGUGUUUCAACUGUUUAGCAACUCUAAAGAAACAUGACAGAACUCACACAGGGGAGAAGCCUUAUAAAUGCAACCUGUGUGGCAAGUGUUAUACUGUGGAGGGAAGUUUAAAGCAGCAUGAACGAACGCACACAGGCGAGAAACCAUUUGAAUGCAGCCGGUGCGGGAAGUGUUUUAACCGGCGAAGGAACUUGAAGUUGCAUGAAAGAACCCACACGGGAGAAAAGCCUUUUAAAUGCAACCUCUGUGACUGGUCCUUUAGUGAUAGAGGACAUUUAAACCGUCAUCAAGUAGUUCACACCAGAGAAAAGCCUUUCGAAUGUGACUUUUGCGGCGAGUGUUUUCGACAUAUUGGAACGCUUCUGAAACAUAAAACUGUUCAUACCGGGAAGAAGCCAUUUGUGUGUAACCAGUGUGGUAAGUCCUUUACUACGAAACCGUCUUUAGAGGAUCAUGAAAGAACACAUACAGGCGAGAAGCCUUACAAAUGCAAUUUCUGUGGCAAGUGUUUUUUUCGCGCAAGCACUUUAACCGAACAUAAAAGAACUCACACAGGCGAGAAACCUUAUAAAUGCAAGCACUGUGACAGAUGUUUUAGUCACUCCGGAACUCGAAAGAAACACGAAGCAACACACUCAGCAGAGAAGAAUUUUGAAUGUGAUUUGUGCGGCAAACGUUUUAUUCUGUUACCCAAUUUAAAACAACAUCAAAUAACUCAUUCGGACAAGAGGCCUUUUGAAUGCAAAGAGUGUGGCAAGUGUUUCAAGAAGGCAGCAUUUUUAAAGACACAUGCAAGAGUGCAUACGCGUGAGAGGCCUUAUCAAUGUAACCUGUGCGGUCAGAGUUUCGGCUAUAACAACAAUCUAACAUUGCAUAAAAGAAGAAAACACACAGGCGAGAAGCCUUUUAAAUGCAGCCGUUGUGAAAAGUGUUUUAGUAACUCAUGGAGUCUUAAGGAACAUGAGAAAACACACACGGGCGAGAAGCCUUUUGAAUGCAAAAAGUGUGGCAAGUUCUUUACUCGGUCAGCAACUCUUCAGCAACAUUUCAAAUUACAUACGGGAGAGAAACCUUAUAAAUGCAGUUAUUGUGGAAGGCGUUUUAGAGCUUCAUAUACUCUUACGUUACAUAAAAGACAACACACAGGCGAGAGGCCUUGUGAAUGCAAGAAGUGUGGCGAGUGUUUUGCAACGUUAACGACUUUAAAACGGCAUAUAAAAAGAACCCACAACACAGCGAACACAGAAACAAGCCAAGAUGACGGCUGCUUCAGUAUCUCAGAACUUCUGAGCCAGCGUAAAAACACAAAAACAGGCGAGAAGCGUUUUGAAUGUAGUCUUUGUGAAAAGUGUUUUAAUAACCCCUGGAGUCUUAAGGAACAUAAAAAAACGCACUCUUUUGAAUGCAAAAAGUGUGGCAAGUCCUUUACUCGGGAACAAACACUUCACCAACAUGCCAAAAUACAUACGGGAGAGAAACCUUAUAAAUGCAGUUAUUGUGAAAGGCGUUUUAGGGCUAUAUACACCCUGAGGGUACAUAAAAGACAACAUACAGGCGAGAAGCCUUGUGAAUGCAAGAUGUGUGGCGAAUGUUUCGCAACUUUAACGACUUUAAAACGGCAUAUAAAAAGAACACACAGCACAGUGAAGACUGAAACAAGUGAGGAUGGCAGCUGCUUCAGUAUCUCUGAACUUCUGAGCCAGCGUAAGAAAACAAAAACAGGCAAGAAGCGUUUUGAAUGCGACCAGUGUGGCAAGUGUUUUAAAACUGCAACGACCCUGAAGAAACAUAAAACAAAGCAUGUCGUGGUGAAGCAGGAAGCGAGCGACGAUGACAAUUGUGUCAGUAUCCCUGAAAUUUUAAGAGACAUUCGAAAAAACAAACGAAAAUGAAUUUUUAUCAACGUGUCCCUUGCAGUGACUGCUUAAGUAGAUGACAAAACUUGAGGGCACGUUCUUGAAAGGGAACUGAACAGCGUUUUAACUAACAGUUGGUCUGCAUGCGUGGGAGGCGCCGGAGCGGUGCGCGAAUGCAAGAAUAAGCGCGCCGCGAAAACUUGCGCACUAUGUUCUCUAGCGCUUGCUAAAGGCAGGCUAACCAGCAAAGAAACAUGAUCAUAGAGUAAAAUCGCAAUUUUCACGGCUGUCAGCCAUUUCAAGAAGCGAAAUUACGUGCUAUAAUCUUUACCUGUUUUUUCCUCAUUGGGUAUAAUUGAGACUAGCUAGGUCAGUUUGAUUGCCUUGGGGCAGUCCAUUACUUCGCCUUUUUUAUGCUUGGAUUUUGCUGAGAAAAAUUGAAACGACUGUAUAAAAGGAAUUGUCAGAUAAAUAUUGCAGGAUUUGGUAGAAAAAAUAGAGUAAUAUAUUCGAUUGACUUGAUAAAUGCAAACAUGUGAAGAUGAUUUAGCCUAAAACGGUGUAAACAAAGUCUCGAUAACACGAGUCGUGAAAAUGUGGUCUA